GCCAAUUCCUAAAACUUCACUACUCUUCAUAGUCUCCAAUUCCAACACAGAUUCAUCACAGAGAGAGAGAGAGAGAGAGAGAGAGAGAGAGUGUUUGAGUCUGUUGUUGGAUUUCCAGUAUGUCGCUGCUUUCAGAUCUUAUCAACUUGGAUCUAACAGAUACUAAGAAAGUCAUUGCAGAGUACAUAUGGUUAGUUAGUUCUUUCUUUGCAGAUCUUUGCUUCUUUUUUCAUUAUUUUCUGUUGUGUUUUACGGUACCCAAGGACGUACGGUGACAAAAGUUAUAAUAUUUUUUGGUUUGUCUUUAUGUUCAUCACAAAAAAUACUAUGAUCAAAUGUCAAAGUUACAACUGAAGUUAUGAUUUGAUGGAAUUAUUCAUGAUCGAUUGUAAUAUUUUACGAUCGAUUUUGUUGUCGGUUACAUACAUACAUAUAAAUGUGUAUUUAUGUGUAUUAAUGUAUGGAAUUUUGUAUAUGUGUAUCUAUAUGCUAUGAAGUUGGGACGAUCUUUGAUUUUUCAUAAGUGGGUUUUCAAUUUCAAUUUCUAUCUUUGUGUUACUUUGAUGGAGCUGCUCAUUCUGCUAUGUAUAUGUUGAUCAUUGAACAGGGUCGGUGGAUCGGGUAUGGACCUUAGAAGCAAAGCCAGGACCAUUCUUGAGCCAGGGCCCAUCACUGAUCCGUCAAAGCUUCCAAAGUGGAACUUUGAUGGUUCCAGCACUGGCCAAGCCCCUGGUGAAGACAGUGAAGUCAUCAUAUAUCCUCAGGCAAUAUUCAGGGAUCCCUUCAGGAGAGGCAACAACAUUCUUGUGAUGUGUGAUGCUUACACUCCCGGCGGAGAGCCCAUUCCAACUAACAAGAGGUUUGAUGCUGCAAAGAUAUUCAGCCAUCCUAAUGUUGUUGCCGAGGUCCCAUGGUACGGAAUAGAGCAGGAAUAUACUUUGUUGCAGAAAGAUGUAAAAUGGCCAAUUGGGUGGCCUAAGGGAGGUUACCCCGGACCUCAGGGACCAUACUAUUGUGGGAUUGGCGCUGACAAGGCAUUCGGCCGUGACAUCGUUGACGCCCACUAUAAAGCCUGUCUGUAUGCUGGCAUAAACAUCAGCGGCAUCAAUGGUGAAGUGAUGCCAGGCCAGUGGGAAUUUCAAGUGGGUCCUGCAGUGGGCAUCUCUGCUGGGGAUGAGCUAUGGGUGGCUCGCUACAUCUUAGAGAGGAUAACGGAGAUUGCUGGAGUGGUUCUUUCUUUCGAUCCAAAACCUAUUCAGGGUGACUGGAAUGGAGCCGGUGCUCACACAAACUACAGUACCAAGUCCAUGAGAAGUGAUGGAGGUUAUGAAGUCAUAAAGAAGGCCAUUGGCAAGCUGGAAAAGAAGCACAAGGAGCACAUUGCUGCUUAUGGUGAAGGCAAUGAACGUCGCCUUACUGGAAGACACGAAACAGCUGACAUCAACACAUUCUUAUGGGGUGUGGCGAAUCGUGGAGCCUCCAUUAGGGUUGGCAGGGACACGGAGAAGGCUGGAAAAGGAUAUUUCGAGGACAGGCGACCUGCUUCAAACAUGGAUCCAUAUGUAGUAACCUCUAUGAUUGCACGGACUACCAUCCUUUAAAAACCAUGAGACAGCAACUGUUUUCCGCAUUGUCACUGUGGGAUAAUUACAUUUCCUAAAUCAUGUGGAGUCAUAUGGAUAAAUUUGGGACCUCUGUCUUUUUAAAUUUGUACUGCUUGUCCUGUUUAGUAGUGUUUCCAAAUGGUGUUUGUUCUCAUCUCUUAUGGGCAACCAUUGCCUCUUCAUUUUGCCUGUGGUGUUUGAAAGACAAUGACAUUAGUAUAAAGCCCUGAAGGAAAGGGUAGAUUGUUUUUAGGGUACGUAAUUGAAUUAUCCCAUGCUUGAUUUGCAUUUUCUAAGUUGUUUUUGUCUAAUUUGUUUCCAGCUUUCAAUAAUGUUAUUCACACUCGUUAUUCUG